GUUGACAAUUAAAAUGUUAAAUAAAUGUUAAUGAAAAAUCAAAAAGUCUUUAUCGUUAUUUGUAUACAAAAAUUUUGUCCUGUGGACCUAUAACUAUUGCUGAAUACAUGAAAGAAGUUUUGACCCAUCCAACUGCAGGUUAUUAUAUGAAUAAAGAUGUUUUUGGGAAAAGAGGUGAUUUUAUUACAUCUCCAGAAAUUACACAAUUAUUUGGAGAAAUGAUAGCUGUUUGGAUAUUAUAUGAAAAGAAAAAGAUUUCAAAAGAUCCUUUUCAAAUUGUUGAACUAGGUCCAGGAAGAGGUACUUUAAUGAAAGAUAUAUUGAGAGUGUUUAAACAAUUGAAAGUACUAAGUGAUGUAUCAGUACAUUUAAUAGAAAUUAGUCCUACUCUUUCUUCAAUUCAGGCAAAAACUUUAUGUAAAACUACUAAAGAAUAUGAUACUGUUACAAAUAACUUUGAUCAAAAUGUUAUUCCUUAUUAUAGGGAAGGUGUUACAGAAGAUGGUAUUAAUGUAUAUUGGUACCGAUCUGUAAUGGAUUUACCUAAAAAAUUUAGUAUAUUUUUAGCACAUGAAUUUUUUGAUGCAUUGCCCAUACAUAAGUUCCAGAAAACUAACAAAGGUUGGAGUGAAGUUUUGGUUGACAUAAUUGAAGGAAGUAAUGAAGAAAAAUUUCGUUAUGUGUUGUCCAAUACAGCAACCCCUGCUACUGUUUAUUUAACAGAUGAUGACAAAAGGGAACAUAUAGAAGUUAGUCCAGAUACUCUAGUAAUAAUAGAUUACAUAGCAGAAUACUUAUGGGAGUAUGGUGGAUUUGCUUUAAUUUGUGAUUAUGGUCACAAUGGAGAUAAGACUGAUACUUUCCGUGCAUUUUCACAACAUAAAAUAUACGAUCCAUUAGUACACCCGGGAAGUGCAGAUUUGACAGCGGAUGUCGAUUUCGCAGCUAUUAAGAAAAUUGCGACAAAAAAUGAUAGGUUAAUAUCAUUUGGACCAGUGACUCAAGCCAGUUUUUUAAAAAAUCUUGGAAUAGAUGUGCGAUUAGAUAUGCUUUUAAAAAAUUCUUCACAAGAAGAAAGAAAACGUUUGGAAUCAGAGUAUCAAAUGAUUACAAAUGAAAUGGGGACACGUUUUAAAGUUUUAUCAUUAUUUCCAUCAAUUUUAAAGGAAUAUUUCCAUAAAUUACCAGUAGCAGGAUUUUGUAAUAAAUACGAAACGUAA